GAUGUCAAUAUUGCUGUUUUAGGCAAGAAAGGUGUUGGGAAAUCAGCUUUAAUAGUACGAUAUUUGACAAGAAGAUUUAUUGGUGAUUAUGAUCCUGAAAUGAAUGGUAUAUUUAAACAUAAUACAGUUAUAGAUGGUAAGCAGGUCGCCAUUCAUAUAAUGGAUACAGUAUGGAAUGACAAUGUAAUUUGGGCUGAUGGUUUCUUGUUGGUGUAUUCUGUAACAGAUAGAGAAAGUUUUAUAACCGUACAAGAACUGGUGGGUAAUCUUAGACUGGAGAGAGGUGAUGACAGAAUUCCAAUCUUACUUGUUGGUAAUAAAUGUGAUCUUAUUCACAUGAGACAAGUCACACUACAGGAGUGUGAGGAGUGGACUUUAGACCACAAUUCUUUCAUGUGUGAAGUUUCUGCCAGUGAGGAUGUGGAACUUGUAGAAGAAGCAUUCCAUUCCUUAUACAGACAAAUUAAAAAUCUCAAUAAAAAGAGAGAAAAG